GCUGAUCCGCAUCCUUUUCCAGGGCUCGAGCAGUGCAUUGGCGCGACUCCAGCUCACGCAGUUGUUCUCUUUCGUAUUGGCUCUUCAUUCUUAACAUCACUGUAAACAAAAAACUAUUCUUGACUUCUUUGCUGGCAGCAAUUCUUGACCUGUGCGUCGCAGCUCUUCAUUCAACGGGUUUCCUGCCGCUCUGCUUAGCACCACCAAUAAAACCAAAAAGGAGAAGAACUUUGGCUGCGCUCUUCAACGCGCCAAUUCUGAUCGGCACCGUACCUCGCUCUUCUUCUUUUUUUUUUUUGAGUCAGUUGUAGAAAGGUAGUGGAUGAUCGCUACAUAGGCAAGCAUACAUAUACGUAAGAUAAUACAAGCCGGUCUCACGGAGAUGGAGAACCCCUUUGCCGGGCUGCGGCCGGAGAUGCGCAGCGAACACGACGAGAUCCGCAAAGGCAUCUUCAGCCGCGUACUGCGCAACUUGCAGUCCGCCCCGCUGGCGGAGCGCAGGGAGUGGUGCAAGGCGAUUCGAGCCACCUACUCCGCAGCGCAGGCAGCAAAGCUGAAACGUGCCGCGGCGACGGUGUCGUCCAACGCUGCUCUCCCGUCACCGGCGCCGUCCCCCUCGUGGACGACGCAGCCCUCUGCACCCGCGGUGGGGGCGAAGCGCACCCACUCAGCGGUGGAGGCGAGUGCACCGACACCCGCACCGUUGGUGGCAGACGCGACGCGCGAGCCAGCAACGGGGUCGCCCUCCCCUACUACCUCAGCAGCAAUCUUAGGUGUAGCGGGUGGUGACGCGCGGGAUGGCGAAAAAGCAGAAGAGGCGUUGAAGGAGGGCGAGGAGGGCGAGGAGAGCGAAGCGGUCGUGAAGGAGUGCAUCGCGGCGUACCUCCGCAGCCUCCUGGACCGCGUCGUGGGGGUGAGCUUAGAAAACCUGAACGUGCCUGCGCUGCGCAUUUUGUGCACGAUGGUGGGCAUCAAAACCGAAGUGCGCAACAAGAUUGGGCUGUACAGCACCCUCGCCUCCUUCUACUACACCGAGUGUGAAAAACUAGGCAAACGUGUAAGUCGAGACACCGUCUUUGAGCGGCAGGUGGAGCAGGAGGUGGCGAUGCUGAAGCACGUCUCGCCGUCCUCGUCUAGCAGGAAGAACGGAGAUAAAAGGGCAUCAGCACAAGCAAGCGACGCCGGUCCGGUUCCCACUACCACCACCACCACCUCUUCCAUGGUUCGCAGUGGCAACGGCAACAGCAAAACCUUACCCGCUGCGGUGGUUGUGUCGGUCACCUCGAAGCGCGCCGUCAGCAACACAGCGGUGAAGGCACAGAAGAAGACGGUGUCAAGCACCCAGACCGCACCAUCAACCUCCGCCAGGUCUCAUCAAGCAACAAAGGCGGCGAAAACGGAAGAGGAAGCCGACGUGGAUCAUUAUCUCAAGUACGAGAACCUUAGCGAGGAGCUGGAAGACCAACCGGCGGUGACAACGCCGGAAAACCCCUACUACCAGAAUCAGCACUAUCACAGCAACAACAACAGCGCAUACGGUGACGACGAAGGAGGAGAGGUGGUCUACCAAGAGCGCGUCUUCUCUCGUCCGGAUGGCCGCAACGCAGCUGCAGCAGCCGCACCGUCGCACAUGGCGAAGUACGCCGCCUCGGCCAACGAGGGCGAGUGGUCGAUGCUGAUGCUGGAGCGGAAAGUGGCUUCUAUUGUGCAGUUGCACGACCCGGUGACGGCGGCGAUUGUGGUGAAGAAAUUGUCUCAGCUCGGCUACCACGAGCCGAAUGCAGUGGCUUUAGUCGAGCAGAUACUCCGUCGCUUUCACGACCGCCAGCUCAUCUACUACGACACCGGCAUCGCGUAUUUGAUGUAG